CCAGCAGGUGGGGGCCGUUGAGCUCCAGGCCAUUUUAGCAAUGGGAGCUCCAAGUGGAGCCCCAAAUGCCUCUCUGCAACCACAGAAUGGGCUCCAAGCUGGCCCUGAGGGCCCCCAGAAUGGCUCCUGGCACUCAGAACUGCCCCCAGGGUGCCCCAAUGCAGCCCAGGCCCCUCAGGUGCCUGCAGGCAGCCUCAAAGAGCAGCCUGGGACCCCAACAUGCUUUGCCAAGAGUCUUUGGUUUCCCUCCUGGCACCUCUGGAUUGCCCCCAGGGACCCUAAGAUGCUCCUCCUGGAUCCCCCAAAUGCCUCCUGUGCUCCCCAAGUACCCCCAGGGCCUGUGGGGUGCUUUCUUGGGGCUUUUUUUGGGUGAGGGGUGCCUGGGGGGGGUGUCAUCUCUGGUCCCAGCUGUCCCUGCAGCCUCUGUUCAGGCUGCAGCUGCCCAGAGCUGCUCCUUUGACAUGCUGCCAGGAGUGGGCAUCCCCCAGCCCUCUGCCAGCAGUGCUUUAGGCCCCCCUCCCCCAGUGCCUGCAGCUGGCAGUGCUGGGCCAGCAGCCAGGGGUGCUCCUGCCUGAGCCCCUGGGCCUGGCCCCACAGUGCCUGCUCCUCGUGCUGGGCCUUCUGCAGAGCUGUGCAGAGAGGUUCCGGAGGUGUCAGAACCCCCCAGAGCCACAGCCCCCCCCGAGCCCCACAGCCUCCGCCCUCAGCAGCCUGAGCCCAGGGCUCCCUCCCGCCCCUCCGGCGCCGAGCGCAAGGGGGCGCAGGUGCGGCAAGGCCCCGCCCAGAGCUGGCAGCCAGAGCCAAUGGGAGGCGUGGGCAGAGCGGCCCCGCCCCCAAGGGCGCUGUGGGCUCCGGCCCCAGGGGCGUGAGCGCCAUUUUGGCUGGUGCUGGGCAGCGUCGUGGGAGCGCUGGAGCAGAGGCUGUGGUGUGCGCGGGCAGCGCUGCGGUAAGAGCAGUGACCUGAUCCCCCACUAGCAUGGCCUCAGAAGGACUCAGAGAAGAGCUGGGAGGAGAAGCAGUGCCCAGAGAGUAAGAUGGAGCAAGCCAAGUGCAUCCUGAAGAAAGAGGAGGAGAAAGAUCUCAAGUCAGAGAAUGACAAUGAGGGGAAUGAUGACUGUGAUGAUGUUGAGUAUGAGGAGGAUGAUGAGGGUGAAGAUGACCAAGAUGAGGAGGAAUAUGAAAAGGAGGAUGGUUUGCUCUUAGCCCCCUCUGUGCCAGUUAAGAAGCGGCCUCAGUGCCCUGAGUGUGGGCAGAGCUUUGCAGUGCGCUCCAGGCUCAUUAAGCAUUGCCAAAGCCACAGGGGCGAGAAACCCUUCAGCUGUGCUGACUGUGACAAGAGAUUCACACAGCGCUCAUACCUCAUUAGACACCGCCGAACCCACACGGGCGAGAAGCCCUUCAGCUGUGCUGACUGUGACAAGCGAUUCACAGAUCCCUCUAACCUCAUUGCCCACCGCCGAAUCCACACUGGGGAGAAGCCCUUCAGCUGUGCUGACUGUGACAUGAGAUUCACGCAGCGCUCACACCUCAUUGCCCACUGCCAAACCCACACGGGCGAGAAUCUCUUCAUCUGUUCUGACUGUGACAAGGCAUUCACUCAGCGCUACAGCCUCAUUGCUCACCGCCGAACCCACACGGGCGAGAAGCCCUUCAGCUGUGCUGACUGUGACAAGAGAUUCACACGACACUCGUACCUCAUCAAUCACCACCGGACCCAUACGGGCGAGAAGCCCUUCAGCUGUGCUGACUGUGACAAGAGAUUCACUCAACGCUCACAUCUCAUUAAACACCGCCGAACCCACACCAGCGAGAGUCCCUUCAGCUGUGCAGACUGUGACAUUAGAUUCGUGCAGCGCUCCAGUCUCAUUGUCCACUACCGAACCCACACUGGAGAGAGGCCUUUCACCUGUGCUGACUGCAGCAAGAGUUUCACUCGCAAGUCUGCCCUCACAAAGCACCGCAGUGUGCACACCACUGAGAAGUCUUUCAGCUGUGGGGACUGUGGAAAGAGCUUCAAAUACAGCUCCAAUCUCACCAUCCACCGCCGCAUCCACACCAGAGAGCACCUGUACCCCUGUGCAGAAUGUGGCAAGAGCUUCACCACGAGCACAGUGUUAAUCCAGCACAGACUCAUCCACAGCGGUGAGAAACCCUACAGCUGCAGGGACUGUGGCAAGAGCUUCACCCAGAGCUCUGCCCUCACCCAGCACCGUCGUGUUCACAGUGGUGAGAAGCCCUUCACCUGCUCUGACUGCGGCAAGAGCUUCACCCAAAGCAGCAGUCUCACUUCCCACCACUGCACCCACACUGGUGAGAAGUCCUUCACCUGCUCUGACUGCAGCAAGAGCUCCGCCAGCAGAGGCAGUUUCACUUCCCACCACUGUACCGACACUGGUGACCAACCCAUGCUGCAGGACAAGCACAAAUAAACCUACCAGUGUCUGUUGGGGGAAUUGUGCCCCCACCCCAAGAAGGCCUUUCCAGCAGAUUGACCCAAAAUGGCCUCUUUUCCAGCUUCAUUUCUCAGAGGCUGAGGGCUCCAGCAGGUACAAACAUCUCUUGCCCUGCUGUCAUGGGUUUUUAAAGAGAACUGACAGAGAUUAAACUCUCAAAUAAAA